UCCGGCUCAGGCUCAGUGGAGCUGUGGGAUCUGGCGGAGGACGAGCGUCUGCUGGUGAACAGAUUCAGUCGGCAGGAACAUGGUGAUGUGGUGACGGGGGUGAGCGCGUGCGUUGGCGGACGGACCGCUGUCAGCUGCAGUGCAGACUGCAGGAUCAAAGUGUGGGAUCUGAAUCAGGAGACCGUCAUCAACUCAUACAAUGCUCACUCUCAGCCGGUCAGUGGUGUGUCGUGUUCUCCAGUUGACGAGUUUCUCUUCCUGUCCUGUGCUCAGGACGGACGGCUGCUGCUGUGGGACCAACGCAAAGACAAACCUGCCACUCGCAUCGGUACACACACACACACA